AUGUCAAGCUUAAAACUUCAAUACCUCGAAAUCGAGAUUAAAAUUAACAUAUUUAAAUUUAUCGACUCUCCGAUAAAUUUGGCGUUAAGCUGCAAGAGUUGGUCAAUCAUCGCAAAAGAUCCGUAUGUUAAAGCAAAAUGGUUGUUGCAUCGAGCAAGCAAGGCUCACGCCUUCUUUUAUGGAAUAAAAUUAGGUCCAACAUUCAUGAACGAAGCCAUUUGUAAGAUUUUGUUCGCAAAGAAGGUUGUCUUUUCUAGGUACUUUAUUCAAAGGUUAAUGUUGCAAUUUGCAACUUGUUUUCCAAAAUCGGUUUAUCCAAACGGCGAACCAUGGGCAUACAACGUACGCUUAGAUACUUUAUUUUCGAUAUUAAAACAAGGGGAAGUUCAAUACGGGGAGGAACUUACUUUGAGGGGGAAUGACAUGGAUAAAUUUUAUCAUCUAUCAGGUGGCCCUUUCUUAUUAAUGAAUGUUCACACCCUUUUAAUAAAAAAUUUGGAGGAGAUAAAAAAGUUAAUCAUAAAUAAGAAAUUUAUUCCAUUUCCACCUACACGUCGAUCAUAUUUUUACAGUGGAUAUCACGUUGAUUAUAAUCUUGAAAAAUUCCCCCCCUUUGAUGGUUACGAACAGGAAAGAAAUUUAAAUAUAAUCGCUAGAGCCAUAAUGUUCAAACCUGAAUUAAUAAACACGUGGAAAAGUAUAGGUUACUCGGAAGUAUGUGAUGAUUUCAAUGAGGUGGUUAUACAUGGAUUAUUUCUGACCCUUGAUCCUCCAUCUCAAGUUCAACACGCAUUUGAAAAGUUGGUUUUAAAUCUUGAAAAAUUCAUCGAAAUGGGGUUUCGAUUAACUGAUAGAAUCAUUGUUGAUGUUCUUCAAUUUUAUGAAUAUGAACUAGCUGAACUAGGUGAAUUCCUCUGGAGGGUCUUCCGUUCGAUCCGAACCGGUGAAUCGGAUUUUACAUUCAUUUUUGGACUAUUUAAAGUAGCGUUCGAUCCCAAUAGAUGUCAUGAAAAAGACGAUAUCUUCAUUUUCUUAAAGUCAAAGACUACACAUCAUGAAAAUUUUUUAAGACAAAUUCUUGGUCAACAUUUUAAUCGAGAGAACCUAGAUGAUGUCAAUUUUAAUAUAAGGAAAAAAUCUUUAAUAUUUUCACCAAUUAUCUAUGAAUUUGUGAUAAAAAAUUAUGGUAGCGAUUCCGAUUUGUCCUUAAUGUGCUUUAAGGACACACUUGCGUUGAGAAUUUAUUAUGAUGAUCCAAAUAAUGGGAAAUUUGCAAAUAAAAUAUCAAUUAGGUUAAUUAAAGACAUUUAUGAUUACUUUAAGAUACGUAUUGACUAUUUACCGGAGCACAUGGAGUUAUUAAGGCGUGCAAAAAGUGCAGACAUUGUUAAACCAUUCCUUGAAGAUUUUGUACCAAAUGUUUUCUUAUCUAACGACGAUAUCAAAAAGUCGAUUUGGUUCAAUGCAAUACAUUCUUUGAAAGGAGAUGAUUAUUUUAAUAAUUAUUUAUUAAGAUUAAUUGAAUACUUUAAAUUUAACGGUUAG